AUCUGCAACAGCAACUCAACCCUCCACCCAAGCUAAAGAAAUAAAAUUAGACUAAAAAUUCUUAAAAAAAAAGAAAAAAAAAAGAAAUUCUCCAUCAGAUAAACGUUUUUGGGUUUGCAGGUAUCCUCUAUCCAUCUUCCCUUUUCUAGUCCUUUCUUAAUUUAUUCAAUUAAGAAACAUUUUACUUUUCUUUAUUUUCAUUUUGCUAAGAUUACGAGCUUAGCUUCUAUUCCAGCACACAGAUUCUUCAUCUUUGUCUUUCUACAGUGUGUCCUUUGUCUCGGUGUUUUUGGGUUCCAUAGUAAAUUGGUGUUAUCUUUUGGAGCUGAAAUUCCAUAACAUGUUCAUUUCUGGGUUGCAAUUUUAGAGGUGAAGAGAGCUCUCUACAAACUAGUUCUGACAUUAUUGUAAACUGUUUGUGUGAGCUCUUUGAUUCGACAACAUGUCUCAAACCAACUGGGAAGCUGAUAAAAUGUUGGAUGUGUAUAUCUAUGAUUAUCUAGUGAAGAGAGAUUUAAAGGCUUCUGCUCAGGCUUUUCAAACAGAGGGAAAAGUAUCAUCUGAUCCUGUAGCUAUUGAUGCACCUGGAGGCUUUCUUUUUGAAUGGUGGUCAGUUUUCUGGGAUAUAUUUAUUGCAAGGACAAAUGAGAAGCACUCAGAGGUUGCUGCAUCUUAUAUCGAGACUCAGUUCAUUAAAGCGCGGGAGCAGCAGCAGCAACAACAGCAGCAGCAAGCUCAACCACCACAGCAUCAACAGCAACCGCAACAGCAACAGCAACUGCAGAUGCAACAACUCCUACUGCAGAGGCAUGCUCAGCAGCAGCAGCAGCAACAGCAGCAGCAGCAACAGCAGCAGCAGCAGCAACAGCAGCAGCAACAACAACAGCAGCAGCAACAGCCUCCCCAGCAGCAGCAGCAGCAGCGAAGGGAUGGUGCCCACCUUCUAAAUGGUACUACAAAUGGGCUUAUGGGAAAUGAUCCACUCUUGCGCCAAAACCCUGGAACUGCAAAUGCCUUGGCGACGAAGAUGUAUGAGGAAAGAUUAAAACUACCAAUUCAGAGGGAUUCUUUGGAUGAUGGUGCAAUGAAGCAAAGAUUCAGUGACAAUGUAGGCCAGCUUUUGGAUCCAAAUCAUGCCUCAAUAUUGAAGUCUACAGCACCUGGGCAGCCUUCAGGGCAAGUGUUGCAUGGUACAGCGGGUGGAAUGUCCCCACAGGUUCAGGCUCGAAAUCAGCAACUUCCAGGGUCCACACCAGACAUAAAGAGUGAGAUUAAUCCUGUAAUAAAUCCCAGAGCUGCUGGUCCAGAGGCAUCAUUAAUAGGAAUUCAUGGAUCAAAUCAAGGUGGUAACAAUUUGACUUUAAAAGGGUGGCCACUCACUGGACUGGACCAACUUCGCUCUCUUCAGCAACAAAAACCUUUUAUACAGGCUCCUCAGCCCUUUCAUCAACUUCAGAUGUUGACACCACAACACCAGCAACAGCUUAUGCUUGCACAGCAAAAUUUAACAUCACCAUCUGCUAGUGAUGAGAAUAGAAGAUUGAGAAUGCUUUGGAACAACCGGAAUAUUGUGCCUGGGAAGGAUGGGCUUACAAAUCCUAUUGGUGACAUGGUGCCAAAUGUUGGAUCUCCUUUGCAAGCCGGUGCCUCUCUUUUGUCUCGUGGAGAUACAGAUACGCUGAUUAAGUUAAAAAUGGCUCAUAUGCAGCAGCAGCAACAACAGCAGCUGCAGAACAGUAAUCCACAGCAGCAGCAUGCUCUUUCAAAUCAGCAGCAUGCUCUUUCAAAUCAGCAGUCGCAGAGUUCAAAUCACAAUCUUCAUCAGCAAGAUAAGAUGGGGGGUGCUGGUAGUGUCACAGUAGAUGGUAGCAUGUCCAACUCUUUUCGAGGAAAUGAUCAGGUUUCAAAAAACCAGACAGGAAGAAAGAGAAAACAGCCAGUAUCAUCUUCAGGACCUGCCAAUAGCUCUGGAACUGCAAAUACUGCAGGACCAUCCCCAAGUUCAGCACCGUCAACACCUUCAACUCACACCGCUGGAGAUGUGAUCUCGAUGCCUUCUUUACCACAUAGUGGUAGUUCUUCUAAGCCUCUAGUGAUUUUUGGAGCUGAUGGUGGCACAGGCACUCUUACAUCUCCAGCGAAUCAGUUGGCUGAUAUGGACCGUUUUGUGGAGGAUGGAUCCCUUGAGGAUAAUGUUGAUUCUUUUUUAUCCCAUGAUGACACUGAUCCUAGAGAUACAGUGCCUCGUAUGGAUGUCAGCAAAGGGUUUACAUUUACUGAAGUAACUUCUGUUAGAGCGAGUGCAAGCAAAGUAAUUUGUUGCCACUUCUCAUCGGAUGGGAAAUUACUUGCUAGUGGUGGCCAUGAUAAAAAGGCUGUGUUGUGGUACACGGAUAACUUAAAGCCAAAAACUACCCUCGAAGAACAUUCAUCAUUGAUUACGGACGUGCGUUUCAGUCCAAGCAUGCCACGACUUGCAACAUCAUCAUUUGACAAAACUGUCAGGGUUUGGGACGCUGACAAUCCUAGUUACUCAUUACGCACUUUUACGGGGCAUUCUGCCUCUGUCAUGUCACUGGACUUCCACCCAAGUAAGGAUGAUCUCAUCUGCUCUUGUGACGGGGAUGGUGAAAUACGAUACUGGAGUAUUAACAAUGGUAGUUGUUCAAGAGUAUUCAAGGGUGGUACGGCCCAAAUGAGAUUCCAACCCCGUUUAGGGAGGUAUCUUGCUGCAGCUGCUGAGAAUGUUGUAUCUAUAUUGGACGUUGAGACACAAGCUUGCCGGCAUUCAUUACAGGGACAUACUAAGGCAAUCCACUCCGUGUGCUGGGAUCCUUCUGGUGAGUAUCUAGCAUCUGUCAGUGAGGACUCCGUCAGAGUCUGGAGACUUGGAUCAGGGAGUGAGGGGGACUGUGUUCAUGAAUUGAGCUGUAACGGCAACAAAUUCCAUUCCUGUGUUUUCCAUCCUACAUACCCUUCAUUACUAGUCAUUGGUUGUUACCAGUCCUUGGAGCUAUGGAACAUGACUGAGAACAAGAGUAUGACUCUGGCAGCUCAUGAAGGACUAAUUGCUGCUCUUGCUGUAUCACCUGUGACAGGGUUGGUUGCAUCUGCUAGUCAUGAUAAGUUUGUCAAGCUUUGGAAGUAAUGUGAUUGUGUCUUAAGCAUUUAAUCGUUGCCAAUUAAAUGUUUUUGGUUUGUUUGUUUUGGUAAACUUGAAAUGGCCUAUUUUGUGGUUUAUUCAAUUUCAGGUCCUUGUAACCCCAGAAACUAACCUUUUCUGUUGUUGUAUCUGUUGCAUAACGCUUCUGUUGAUUUACAGAUCACUGUUCAAGCUUCUCGGACAGUUUGAAAUGUUUUAGUUUUUAUUCAUAGGUUACCUGUGUGAUCAAUUCCAGUUCAUUUUGGCUUUC